AUGGUUACAGAAGGAGCAACUUCAAAGGAUAAGAAGUAUGUAUUGCAGCUAAAGGCAUUGCUCAGCUCAGAAUUUGAGAUGAAAGACUUGGGAGAAGCAAAGAAGAUUCUGGGAAUGGAGAUUACCAGAGACAGAGUGAAAGGCACGUUGACGAUAUCCCAAGAAAGCUAUGUGAAUAGAAUUCUGGGAAACUUUGGGAUGGAUCAGUCAAAGUCGGUAUCAACUCCAAUGGGAGCUCACUUCAGUUUUCAAGCAGCUACAGUCAAUGGAGAUGGAAAAGGUUCCAUAUCAAAGCGCAGUUGGGAGUCUGAUGAUGAUAGGCACAUGAUAUACCUCUAA